CCUCGACAAGUGCGGCCUGGCCUUUGACACAUUAUAGCCAUUGGGCCUCGCAAUCCCUCGUGCUAAUAUCCUCACUCGCAAUCUCAAGCCCCCUUGGCCCCUCCCACCCCCAAGAAAAAUCAAACGAUAGAAGCACCAGUCCCAACAUGACGUCCUUGCAGCCCAUCAAGCUUUUCUGGAGAAACCAAGUACCCAACCCCUCCAAAGUCCUCAUCAUUCUCGAGGAGCUUAAUCUUCCUUACGAGUCCUCUUGGGUCGAACUCGACGGUUUGAAAACCAAGCCCUUCACCGAUGUGAACCCUAACGGCCGAGUGCCCGCUAUCAUUGACCCCAACACCGGUCUUACCCUCUGGGAAUCCGGUGCCAUCGUCCAAUACCUCAUCGAUACCUACGACAAAGACCGCAAGAUUUCCUACGCCACAUUCCCAGAACAAUACCAAUUGAUCCAGUGGUCUUACUUCCAGGCCUCAGGACAGGGUCCCUACUUUGGACAAUCCGCAUGGUUUAAUAUCUUCCACGAGAAAAUCUAUGGUGAAUCCCCCGAAAGCGCCAAGGUGCGCUACGGUGCCGAGGUCAAGCGUGUAGCGGGCGUGUUGGACUCCGUUCUGAAGGAGCGCGAUUGGCUCGUGGGCGACAAGUGCACGUACGCAGACCUGGCGUUUGUCAUGUGGAAUACACAGAUUGCGUUUUUCAUGGGUAGCCGUGAAGGCGAUCAGGCGUGGCGUCCUGAGGAGUUUCCUCAUUUCAAACGGUGGCAGGAAGCCAUGCUGGCUCGGGAGUCGGUCAAAAAGGUGAUGGGAGUGUUGAUGGAUAAAGAGGUGAAGAGCUCUUGAUUCGGCUCGUGUGUUUGAAAGAUAGGCAUCUGUCUUUGCCUCAAGGAAGUAGGUACACAUGUAGGAUGUACGUCGGUGCCAUCUACCGCAAUCCCAUGGCAGACAUUGUAAAUGCUAGUUGUCCAAGAUCAUAUAAUAACCUGGUUCUAUCAUCUGCU